CACAUGCAAACACACGCGCGUGAUUCCAAAGAAACGGAAGAGUAAAAAAAUGUUCACUACUGUCUAUUUGAAUGAAAGCAUUCGUAUCGCACAAGAUUCAAGAAUGAACUAAAGCUUUAGCGCGAAAGCUGUUUACGUCGAUACUUGUAUAUACUGUUAUAAUAUUUAAAUGAGCGUUUUUAAUAAAUCGGUGGUAGAUCGUGAAUGUCAUGAUACCUCAUGAUGAAACAAAAUUUGAAGUUGUACCAAUAAAUAAUAAUAAUAAUUCUACAGGAAAAAAUGAAUCUGUCAUUUUUGUUGAACAAUUUGUUAAAGACGUGUGCGAUUUUAGUUCUCAGUAUGGUAGUAAUAUCAGUAUUUCCUACACAGCGUACAAUGUUGCUGGAAACCCAAGUAAAUUUCCUGAUUAUGGAGACUUUCCACAAGCCUUUGUCAUGAGAACGUAUGGACCAUGGUGGAAUAAAGCACCUUCAAGGUUAGAGGAUUACAUGAUACAGAAUAAUGAAAGUGUAAUUAGCCAAGACUACAUUGAUGUUGAAUAUUAUCAAGAGGUAUAUCCUAUCCGAAUAUCAAUAUAUGAAACCUAUAAUCCAGGCAGUGUAGUUGGUAUAUGGGUACAAAAUCCUUCUGGGCAAUGGUUUCAGUUAUGGAAUGGACCCCCUCAAUUUGUACCUCAAAGACCACGUAUUUUUUCACCACCUUUGAAGACUUGUCAUUUUAAAACAAAAAUGGUCAGAUUAGAAUUUAAUCAUGACUUAUUGGAUUAUUAUACAGAACUGGAUGCCGUACUUCUCAUCGGAACAUCUGAAUUGAUAAUGCCUCGUAAUCAUAUGUACCAUCAAAAUUUAAGUAAUUUGUUACAAGAGUUAGACUGUAAUGGAUAUAAUGAAGAUAUAUAUAAUUUAACACCUGAUUAUUUGAAAGCUAAUCAAGAUUUGACUAUACUUAAAAAAAUGUUUCAUAAAUACUGCAUUCUCUAUAACAGCAGAAUAAUGGAUAAUAUAUCUAAAGGCAAGUUAGUUACUACAUUAGAACAACAUUGCCAUUCCGUACCACCUAUAGAAGAAGCAUUUAACAGUUUACAAGAAUUUUUACAGGAAGAGUUCCCUAAACUUAUACGAGAGAUGCAUCUUUCUUCAUCCUCUCCAAUAUGUAGGAUAUCUUUACCAAAUGACAAGACUGUAUUGUCAACUUUAAACAGCAUUGAUAGUCGACCAUGUGGUAGUUUUUCUGCACUUCCAGAUGAAACAGUUUUAAAAAUUUUAAGAAAUCUAGAUUUAAAGACACUCUGUCGUUUAUGCAGAGUAAACCGACAUUUUAGUAAUAUAGCAAGAGAUGCUCUUCUCUAUACAAGUUUGAAUUUGAAACCAUAUUGGUAUUGUCUGAAUGAUCAUGCAUUAAAACAUUUAAUUCCAAGGUGUCAAUAUUUACAACGUUUAGAUCUAUCAUGGUGUGGUAAUUAUAACAUGAUUAGUGACAGAGAUCUUGUAGAUUUUAUUCAUUCUUGUGGUAGUCUUCUGACACAUCUGCGUUUAAAUUGCUGUCGCUUUAUUAAUGAUAUGGUAAUUCUUGAAGUUUCAAGAAUUUGUAAAAAUUUAAAAGAAUUAUGUUUACGUAAUUGUAUGGGUAUUACAAGUGAUGGAUUUUCAAAGUUAGAAAAACUACAGUGCCUUGAACGCCUGGAACUUUAUGGAACUGCAAUUGAAACUUCUAUUUUAUGUUCAAUUUUAAGGAAAAAUCCUCAAAUGAGACAUUUAAAUUUAGCAGGAAUGCAUGAUCGUUUAAAUGUAGAUGAAGUAGCAAUUGAGUUAGGAAACUCUUGUCUACAAUUGGAAAGCGUUGACUUUUGGAAAGCACAAACUCUUACACCACACGGUGUAAGAGCCCUUGCUCGAUGCGUUAACCUUCGAGAAGUAGAUUUUGGAUGGUGUGGUGGAAUGGGUGCUCCAGGUGAUUCAUUAAGGGCGUUAUUAUCUUCUUGUCGUUAUUUAGAAAAAGUAUUCUUGGCUGCAUUAAGAGGAUUAACAGAUAGAGACUUAGAGCCAUUGUUACUUUGCCAACGUUUGCAACAAUUAGAUUUGUUAGGAGCACGAUCUCUUACUCCUGAUAUGUGUUAUGGAUUUUUAUUAUGGUGCCCUAAAUUGGAAAUGAUUGAUCUUAGUUUUUGCGAAGGCAUCACGGAUUCAAAAAUUCAAGAAUGGCGACAAAAGUAUCCACAUAUAUCAUUCAAAAGAAGUUUUCAAGCAAAUGGAACGGAUUUAUUAUAAAGUGUUUCUCUGUACUCAAAGUCUACUUUCUUAAAAUUUACAAACAAAUUCAGAAAGUUAAAUAUUUCUGAUUGUAAGACUGGAAUUUAUUAAAAAAAUACAAUUAUAAUUAUCAUGCAAAUAAAUCAAUGCAUUGCAAGAAUGCAUCUUAAUCCUA